AUUAAUUGUAAUUUUUUUAAUUUGCUCAACCGAAACGUGCGUUGAAAAAAUGUAUAAUUUACAACGACUUUAUUAUCUUCGGUAUAUUAAUAAGCGAUUUAAAUCAAAAGCAACAAAAGACAGCGGGAAAAAUUUGAAAAUUAUAUCAAACAGUACUUCCACAAAAAUUAAGUAUGUAAGCGCCAACGACGUGAACAAUUUAAAGGUUUCAAAUAAAUCCAAAGGUUUCGCCAAAAUAGGUGCAUGUGUCUAUUUAAACAUUCCAAGUGCAAAAUAUUGUACAAAAGAUUCAAAAGCAGAAAAACCAGCCAGUGGGCCUCCAAAAGCGGCAGGAGCAGGAGCAAAGGGUAAAAUAAUUGCUGUUAUUGGUGCCGUCGUUGAUGUUAAGUUUGAUAAAGAUUUGCCACCAAUAUUAAAUGCCCUUGAAGUACCUGGUCGGACACCAAAAUUAAUUUUGGAAGUAGCACAACAUCUCGGUGAAAGUACGUGUCGUACUAUAGCUAUGGACGGUACAGAAGGUCUGGUACGUGGUCAGCCAGUUGUAGAUACUGGAGCUCCUAUCACAAUUCCUGUUGGUGAGCCAACGCUUGGGAGGAUUAUUAAUGUUAUAGGAGAACCGAUUGAUGAACGAGGGCCAAUAGCAACGGAUAAGUUUGCUCCAAUUCAUGCUGAUGCACCACCAUUCGUUGAAAUGUCUGUAGAACAAGAAAUUCUUGUCACUGGGAUCAAGGUCGUUGAUUUACUAGCUCCCUACGUAAAAGGUGGUAAGAUUGGAUUAUUUGGAGGUGCUGGUGUUGGAAAAACAGUUUUGAUUAUGGAACUCAUCAAUAAUGUGGCCAAAGCUCAUGGUGGCUUUUCUGUAUUCGCAGGAGUUGGCGAACGUACAAGAGAGGGUAAUGAUUUAUAUAAUGAAAUGAAAGUUGGUGGUGUUAUUAAAGACGAUUACAAGCAGUCCAAAGUAGCUUUAGUAUAUGGGCAAAUGAAUGAGCCACCUGGAGCUCGAGCCCGUGUAGCUUUAACAGGUCUAACUUUAGCAGAACACUUUAGAGAUAAAGAAGGUCAAGACGUAUUAUUAUUCAUAGACAAUAUUUUUAGAUUCACUCAAGCAGGAUCGGAAGUGUCGGCUUUACUAGGUCGUAUUCCAUCUGCCGUAGGAUAUCAGCCAACAUUGGCAACAGACAUGGGUACAAUGCAGGAAAGAAUUACGACCACCACCACUGGUUCUAUUACUAGUGUGCAAGCAGUAUACGUCCCAGCUGACGAUCUGACCGAUCCUGCCCCGGCCACGACAUUUGCUCAUCUAGACGCCACAACGGUACUCUCUAGAGCCAUUGCUGAGUUGGGAGUAUAUCCUGCUGUGGAUCCCUUAGAUUCAACAUCCAGAGUCAUGGAUCCUAAUAUUAUAGGUGCCGAACAUUAUGGCGUAGCAAGAGGUGUUCAGAAAAUAUUACAAGAUUACAAAUCUCUGCAAGAUAUUAUUGCAAUUCUGGGCAUGGAUGAGUUGUCAGAGGACGACAAAUUGACAGUGGCGCGUGCACGAAAAAUUCAACGUUUCUUAUCACAGCCUUUUCAAGUAGCUGAGGUAUUUACAGGUCAUGUUGGUAAAAUGGUUAAAUUAGAAGAGACGAUUAAAGGGUUCAAGAGAAUUUUGGCUGGAGAAUUAGAUAAUAUACCAGAGGCAGCUUUUUAUAUGGUAGGUACGAUCGAAGAUGUUAUAGCAAAGUCACAGUCAUUGGCAAAGUCCUAAAUUGACUUAGAUUUGCUCAAGAAAGUAUAUUUUGCAUUUUAAUUAUUUUUGUUGUUGUCUACCAUAUAUUUUAUUGUAUAAAAUAUUCUCAAUGUCCGCUAUGCAAUGAAACUUGCUUAUUCCAAAAAUCCAUUGUUUUAUUAAUUUAAAUUGAAUUUUAGUACUGGGAGCGUAAAAUCUUAUCAAAGAAAAAGAUCACUGACAUCAAAUUUGGCUUAAAAUUAUAAUUUGCAAGCAAAUCUUACGUUUCUCAUACUCAAAGUAACGGACAUUUGAUCGAUACAUAAUAGCUCUUUAUUUCGUUUCUCCUCCCUCACGAGAUAUUUUAUGUUUCAAUAUCUGCGUGGACUUAUUAAUCUGAGCCUGAGGGGGAAUGUACCACCCUAACAACAGUGUUUUAUACUAUAAAAUCGAUACGGUGUUCUCUU